AUGGAUGAAGAGCCUGACAAGUUCCGGCUCCUUUUUGAGGAACAAAAUAGGCUCCUGGAGGAACAAAAGAGGCUUCUCGAGGAAGAAAGAAGCCUCCGAGAGGAAGCUGAACAACGCCUGCGUACUGCACAACAAGAAACACGACUGACUACCAUCUUUGAGUUCCUGGAUGGCUGCCACACCCAUUUAUUCCGUGGACUUACUAUCAGUGAUGCCAAAGAAUCGACAAAGGGCGUCGUAUCGAAUCCAGAUGGCAGGCUACGCCCCGAAAGAAUUCGACAGUGGCCAGACUUUGCCGCAGAACAAGGGCGCAUUUGGAGGGACCUCGUUGGGAUGGAGUUUGUUCUAGAGCGCCACUUCAAAUCACUACAUGGGCUGGCGGAAUCUGGAGCAGAAUUACGGACCGAGAAGACGGGGUCUGAACUGGACCUUCGACUGUUUCAGCAUGAGACUGUCACUCGGCCAGUUCGUUCGGUGAUCACGAAACUGUACUCAAAUCUACAAAUACGCCAGCACUUCCACCUCUUGGGCAACGUCACCUUUGAGAACCACGGGAACACGCUGAGUGAGGAACCUACCCAAACCGGGUCACCCCAGGAACCACCGCGUCCCACAAAGCUUCGAAAAACUGGUCGAGCUGACUCCACACCCGUUACAACACCGCACUCAUCCCGCCCCCUGGCGGAUGAGUUCUGCGUAUAUAACAAGGGUAACGGCGAAAAUGUGCCCGCAUAUAUCGUGGAGCUUAAAGCGCCGCAUAAGCUGCCGCUGACUACAAUCCAAUCCACGCUCCAUGACAUGGACCUUGAAAACGUGCUUCUGCAAACACCGGGUGAGUCUAAAGAGGUUGAAUUGCGUCGUGGAAUGGCCGCUGUAAUCACCCAGAUAUUCUCCUACAUGAUCAAAUCCGGAGUGGGGUACGGAUAUGUGUGCACGGGAGAGGCUUUCAUCUUUCUUCACGUUGGCAAGGACCCAACAACUAUAUUUUACUACGUCUCCACCCCGGGCGAGGAUGUGGGGGGAACCACUGGCUAUACCGGCCGUACGGAUUCUCCCAAUAAGCUGCACUUGACCGCCGUUGGCCAGGUACUCGCCUUCACCCUCAAGGCGAUGCAGGUUGAGCCCUAUUGCCAAACUUGGCGAACAGAGGCGGAAGCCAAACUGAAGCCGUGGAAGACCGUAUACCAGGAUGAUAUAAUCGUUUCUUCACCACAAACUGUGACAACGGAGGAAUACACGCCAGAACAUCAAAACAGAGUGGACUACGCCAGGAGCACACCCAUUAUGACAAGGCCCAAAAAACCUCUACGUUUGCAAUCGUCCACGUGCAAUCCAUCGCAGGAGUCGUCGCGAAGUCCGGUGGAUAGCAGCGAUGAAGACCCCACGCACAUGAUGGAAUCCCCGAGCAAACCACCACGUCGCUCGGCAAAUGUUAUGGUUGUGAUCCCAUCUCAAUCUCGCUCCAGCGACCAGUCCUCGUCCCAGAGGCACUCCAAAAACCAGGCUAGGUCGCGGCUGUACUGUACCCACAAGUGUCUUCUCGGGUUAUCCAAAGGAGGACCAUUGGACGAGGCAUGUCCCAAUAUCGCUGACCAUGGAAUUGGCAAACACCGGAUCGACAGGUCUAAGUUUUUAGCCCUUCUGCACGAACAACUGCUGAAAAAGGCCAAGCGCAUUUGCGAUCCAUACGAGUCCGAUGGAUGCGAAUCGCUUCAUAUGCAUGGCUCUCGUGGGGCGUUGUUUGAAGUUAUGCUCAUGCCAUAUGGGUAUAAAAUGGUGGGUAAAGGGUUCCCGCCCACAUUGUCGAACUAUUUACAGCAUGAGAAUGAUGUCUAUAGACGUCUUUACCCCAUUCAGGGUCGUCGCAUCCCUGUGUGUCUUGGGAUCCUGGAUCUCUCCAAGAGACCUCUCUUCUAUGAUGGAAUUGCUAGAAUUCCCCGCCUUUUACUUCUUAGCCAUGCCGGAAUUCCUAUUUAUCGCUCUAACGUUGACAGCAAAAUUAUCCAUGAUACGGCGACAUCGUCACUUCAGGCAAUCCACCAGCUUGGGGUGUACCAUGGAGAUGCCUUUGUCCACAAUAUGUUCUGGAGCAUAGAGAACCAGAGCGUGAUGUAUAUUGACUUUGAGCGAGCUCAAAUCUGGAAUUCUAGGCCCAGUCUACAAGCCACGUCGCCGAACAGAAAGCGCAAGUCUCUAGAUUCAAAGCAGAUCACCAAGGCGCAGUUAAACUAUGAAAUCCUAAAAAUGCAAAUGAAUCUCUAA